AUGACCCCCAGGAACCCCACUGGGGUCCUGCCAGAGUCCCCUCGGGGACCCCCAGAGCCCUCUGAGGACUCUGAAACCCGACAGACCCUCCCAGAGACCCCCCUGGGGACUCCAAAACCCAACUGGGGACCCCCAGAACCCCCCAGGGGACCCCAAAACUCAACAGGUCCUCCCAGAGCUCCCCCCAGGGACUCCAAAACCCAACUGGGGACCCUCCCCAAACCCCCACCGCGGACCCCAGAGCUACCAGGGAAGCCCAGAGCCCCCCCCGGGGACCCCAAAAUCCCCCUGGGGACCCCAAAACCCAACCGUAGCCCCACAGAACACCCCAGGGCCUCCCAUAACCACCAGGGGACCCCAAGGAAACCACCAGAACUCCCAUUGGGGAGCCCCAAGAUCCCCCGGGGAUCCCAGAGUCCCCCCAAACCCCCAGGGGAACCCCAGGAUGCCCCCAAAGCCCCCAUGGGACACCCAGAACCCCUAGGGGACCCCCCAGAACCCCCAAGGCUGUGCCCCAAAGCCCCAAGGAGACCCCCAAAAUGCCCCUGGGGAUGCCAGUACCACCAGGGGACCCCCAGAGCCCCCCAAAACUCCCAAGGGAACCCCCAGGGGACCCUCAGAGCUCCCGAGGGUGUGCCCCAAAACCCCCUGAGAGACUCCCAGAACCCCCCAGGGAACCCCCAAACCCCUCAGGGGACCCCCAGAACCCCUAAGGGUGUGCCCCAAAAUCUCCCAGGGAUCCCCCCAGAACCCUCCGGGACCCUCAGACUCCCUCCUAGGGCCCCCCAGAAUCACGAGGGGACCCCAAGGGAACCCCCAAAACUCUCCAGGGGACCCCAAAAGCGUGAAGGGGACCCUGCAAUACCCUGGGGGACCCCAAGGGACCCCCAAGACCCCCAAAAGCGUGAAGGGGACCCUGCAAUACCCUGGGGGAUGCCCAAGGGACCCCCAAGACCCCCAAAAGCCUGAAGGGGACCCUGCAAGACCCUGAGGGAUCUCUGAGGGACUCCCAAAGACCCCCAAGAGGACACCAGGGGACCCCAAAAACCCCCAAAAGCAUCAAAGGGACCCCCAAAAGACCCCAAGAGACCCACAAAAGCUCUAAGGGAUCCUGAAAACAAUCAAAGGGACCCUCAAAGGCAACCAGGAGCCCCGCAAAAGCCUGAAGGGGACCCUGCAAUACCCUGGGGGACCCCCAAGGGACCCUCCAAGACCCCCCCAAAAGCCUGAAGGGGACCCUGCAGUACCCUGGGGGACCCCCAAGGGACCCCUAAAAGCCUGAAGGGGACCCUGCAAGACCCUGGGGGACCCCCAAGGGACCCCUAAAAGCCUGAAGGGGACCCUGCAAGACCCCGGGGGACCCCCAAGGGACCCCCAAAAGCCUGAAGGGGACCCUGCAAUACCCUGGGGGACCCCCAAGGGACCCCCAAGACCCUCCCAAAAGCCCCCAAGGGGACUCUCCAAGCCCCCCAAGGGGACACCUGGGGACCCCAAAGACCCCCAAAAGCCCCCAAGGGGACCCUGCAGGACCCCCCAAGGGACUCCCAAAGCCCCCCCAAGCCCCCGGGAGCCCCCCCAGGGACGCCCGGCG